UUCAGGGCCUACUUCCCGAAUACCAACCCUCUCAGGAUGCACUUGAACUUCCGAGGAUGCAGAUCACGUGUCAACGACAGCGUCAUCACGCUGGGCUCCAGUAUGGUCGGAUGCGGGAUGCAGAGAGAGGAAAGCCCCACGGACAUAAUCUAUCGGAACAAACUUCGCAUAUUGCAAACUCCAACGCGUUCGGGUCAACCAAGGUCCGAGUCGUAUGACCUGGAAUGUCGGGUUUCACGGUCGGCGUCAGUGGUCGGCAAUUUCCGGAUGUUGUCGCAGCUAACCGUGAUCGGUUACGGAAAUGCCUCGCUGAGAUUCGACUUCUACCAAGAUUCUGGGUACAGACGCAUGUUUAUGAAGUACCCGAUCGAAGUGAAGUCACAGCAGGUGCUGUUUGCGGCUAUCACUCUCACCACGGCAGACACGCAUCUCACAAUCGCCUUAGAGCAGUGCGUUGGUCUUCCAAGUCUGACAGUCACCAACAACUUCAAAGAUCAGAAUACCUAUAUGCUUUUUAGAAACAAGUGCCCCACUGAAUCUACCAUCAAGUAUCGCCCUGCCAAACCCAACGAGAUCCGGUUUCAGUUCCAAGCAUUCAACUUCUUGCAGAGAAGCAAAGAACUGUACGUGAGGUGUGACGUCUACGUGUGUGGCAAGAACACGACGUCACCGCGGUGUCGACGAGGAUGUCCUGCCGAGUCGAGCCGAUUCGCCAGAUCUCCGGACAAUGACGGAACUGUUGUAAAGCUGGCUCAGGGACCAAUCGUGAGCGGCGAGACUGAGAACCAAGACGGUCAAACAGGCCAGCCUGUAGGUUUGAUCUCUGGCGCUAUUGGUGGUGUCGUUGCGUUGGUCGUGGUUGUUACCAUGGUGCUGGCGUUACUGAAGAUGAAGUUUGGAACGCGUGUUCGACGUCAUCCGAGAGAGGACAACACUAAUAAUUAACUUACUCGGUGGAAAACAACUC